GUUUGCUUAGGCCUCUUCUAGCAGUAACGGACAUCAGUAUGGAACCCUGGCUGACUUUGGUUCUAUUCUGCUCGUGUUUGGCCUUUGCUAACGCUGGUCAGAAACUGCUCCUCGUCUCCUUUGAUGGCCUGAGGUGGGACUACACCGACGACGUGGACACUCCAAACUUCGAUGACGUCACGAGGUCCGGAGUUCGAGUCCCGUACAUGACGCCAUGUUUCGUCAGCCUCAGCGCUCCGUGCCACUGGACCAUGGUGACAGGACAAUACCCAGAAAGCCAUGGGGUGGUCCACAACGUCUGCUAUGACGUCACCACGGGGGAGCGCAUUGGUUGGCCGGACAGUCUAACGAAUAGCAGGUGGAUGAAUGCAGGGGCAGAACCCAUCUGGAUAACGGCAAAGAUACAGGGCAAACGGGUGGGAACGUACUUCUUUCCCGGAGGGAGUGUCGGCAUUAAAGGGAUGCGCGCUGAUAAGAUCGUUCCCAUGGCAACAACGACAGACACGCUAGAGGACUGGAAGGAGAGAGUGGACACAGUGAUGACGUGGUUGUCCCGUGAUGACCUUGACCUGGUGACCCUGUACUUCGGACAGCCGGAUUCAGACGUGCACUAUCACGGAGUGGGAUCGGAAGAACGGAAACAAAAGGUGCGACAGGCCGACCAGGUAAUCGGCUACCUGCGGGAAGAAAUACGUCGUUACGACUUGGAAGCGACGUUGAACGUCAUGAUAGCGUCAGACCACGGCGCGCAGGACGUCAAUACGUCACCGCAUCAGAUCGAGCUGCUGAAUUACGUCCCCGAGUCCUACCUGCAGUUCUACCUGGCGGAUUAUGGACCGCUGGCGAUUAUUCAGCCCAAGGAGGGGAGGGGAGAGGAGGUGUACAGGUUGUUGAGGACCGCCCACCCCAACAUGACGGUGUACAAGAAGGAGGAUUUCCCAGCUGACCUCCACUGGGCCGGACAUCCCCGGGUCCCGGACAUAGUCGCCAUGGCAGACCCUACAUUCGUCAUAUACUCGACGUACCCCGGCUACCAUCCCCUGGUGUCCGAACAUGGCUGGGACCCGAGGCUACCGGACAUGCGGGCCUUCUUCCGCGCCUUCGGACCCAGCUUCAAACAGGACUAUGACGUGGCACCAUUCGAGUCGGUUGAUCUCUACCCGCUCAUGUGCCUAGUGCUGGGCGUGGCACCGGCUCCCAACAACGGCUCACUCUCAUUGGUCAGAAGCAUGCUGCGGGAUGACGUCAGCAGUGCACCUAUCAUAAGAGUCAACAUGGCGGCUGUAACCAUGGUGACAGCAGCCGCCAUUUUGUUAGGUUAUCGAUAUAUAUUACGAAUAUAAAAGUUUAUAUCAAUGAUCAGGAGUGCGUUACGUCGGUGAAGGUUAGA